GCUUUCAACCCUGGUGGUGUGCUGUGGUGUCUGUGUGGCUACCAUGUGUGGCUGGUGCGGCUGCCUCGAGUGCAUCCAUAACAUCCCUCCCCUCAAUCUCCUCUUCCUCCACUUCUCCUCGGCUGCACGGACGGGAAGGGAGGGAGAAGAAGGAGCGCGAACGCUCAGCCCCAUGGCCUCCAUCUCGGUCCCGGACCCCGCCCCUUCCCCGACCGAGGAUGCAGAGAGCAUCAGAAAAGCAGUGCAAGGGUGGGGGACGGACGAGAACGCGCUGAUCGAGAUCCUGGGCCACCGGACGGCGGCGCAGCGCGCGGAGAUCGCCGUCGCCUACGAGGGCCUCUACGACAAGCCCCUCCUCCGCACGCUCCAGGACGAGCUCUCCAGCCACUUCAAGGGCGCGAUGACGCUGUGGGCGAUGGACCCGGCGGCGCGGGACGCCAAGCUGGCCUACAAGGCCCUCAGGAAGAAGGGCGGCGACCGGCACGCCUGGGUGCUCAUCGAGGUCGCCUGCGCGUCGUCGCCGGACCACCUCGUCGCCGUCAGGAAGGCCUACUGCUCCGCCUACGACUCGUCGCUCGAGGAGGACGUCGCCGCCUGCCCGCUCUACAAGGACCCCCUCAAGCAGUUCUUGGUGCGCCUGGUGAGCUCGUACCGCCACGGCGGCGAGCACGUCGACGGCGAGCUGGCGAGGGCCGAGGCGGCCGAGCUGCACGGCGCGGUGGCGGCCAAGAAGCAGCCGCUGCACGGGGACGUGGUCCGCAUCGUCAGCUCCAGGAGCAAGCCGCAGCUCAAGGCGACGUUCCAGCACUACAAGCGAGAGCACGGCAAGGCCAUCGACGAGGUUCUCGAGGGCAAUCGCAACGACAAGCUGUCGGCGAUGCUGAAAACUGCGGUCUGGUGCCUGACAUCGCCGGAGAAGCACUUCGCAGAGGUGAUCCGGAGCUCGAUCAUCGGGCUCGGCACCGACGAGGAAUCCCUGACCAGAGCAAUUGUCUCGCGCGCCGAGGUCGACUUGAAGAAAGUGAAGGAGGAAUACAAGGUGAGGUACAAGACGACGGUGACCAAGGAUGUCGUCGGAGACACCUCCGGGUACUACCAGGGCAUCCUGCUCACCCUCAUCGGGGCCGAGUAGCCAUUGGCAGGAUCAUCCAAGCUCAGAGGAUGAUGUUCAAUGCCAUAUUGUUUGGUACUUAGACCGUUCAGAGGAUGAUGUUCAAUGGCAUGGUACUUAGACCGUUCGAUCGAACAGAGUGGCAUUGUCGUGUGUACAAUCUAGAGAGUGAAGUGUUGGUGUUGUGAAAUAAGACCCCUAAUAGUUCAUUUAUUGGUGUAUUCAGCACUGGUUUGAGACAAUGGUACUACUUCCAUCA